UAGGUUGUAUGAGUACUAAGCUUUUCCAUUUUUAAGUCAUCUUUUACUGUAUUAUAAAGUACAAAAUAACUACCAAAAGCUUUAAUUUAGCAUUAUUUGUUUUGUAGUGUACACAUUGGCUCUGUUGUUAUUUCGUAAGUUGGUCUGUGAUCCCAACUGCUGUAGUAAACGUCAACGAAAUGUCAAGUCACUGGUAGGUCUUAAAUAUUUGUAGUAAUUCGUUGGGUUAUUAUUGUUUCAAGGAAUAACUUUCACUAUUAAUGGUUUCCGUUUGUAGUACUUCAUGUUCAAGUGACAUUUCAGUCGACUUAAGCGAUGCUUUUCAACGUAUUAUACUGAACAACCGUUUCGCAACCUGGGAUGACUUUGAUAACGCUCUAAAAGAGUUCCAAAAAGUAUGGAAGAAUAAUCUUAUCUUUUUUCAGACUACCCAUACUCAUUAUAUCCACACAGAGAGCAGAUUCCUCAAGGAUGUCAGGUUCAAGUACCUUUUUGUGUCAUUUCACUGUACAUUCGGUCAUAAGCGUAAAUCACGAUGUCUGACAAUGAAUCAAAAACAGUCUAAGUUUCUUAACUGCCAAUCGAGGUUCCGCGUAAGAUUGGAAGCGGAAGGAUAUGUUAUAAAAUCAUACAAUAUGUUGCACAAUCACCCUUGUAGUAGUUCGUGGAUGGUUUUUGACCCAUGGGCCAGAAGGUUGUCGUCCGAAGAAGAAGAAAAUUUGAAGCCGGUCAUAUUGCAGUCUCAAUCAACAGAUGCAUUAGUAGAAAUCAUCAAACACAGGACUGGUAAGCAGGUCACUGCUGCCGAUGUGAAGAGUAUGAAAGCUAAACUCUCCACAGGUAAGUGUAUAGAAGUAUAUUUCAAGUUGUGUGACGCGAAAGUGAACUAAAAAAGAUGUGUUUCGUUUAGGUCGAAUUUGAAAAUGCUGAUUGGUUGUUCAUGGUGGACUGUGAAAAGCAUUACGAGGUGGAUAUAAGCGCUUGUGAGUGCAUCUAGAAUAUUUAUUGUGCCAAUAUCCUUGUCGCCAUACACUACUGGCUUGUGUUAAAUGACGAACUAUUACAGAUAUGCUUAAUUAAAUACGAAAUAUAAACUGUAUAGCUCAUCAAAUUUUUAGACAUUGAAGUAGAUAGAAGUUAGAUAAUACUCAGAACUUACAAAAUCACACAACAAUUUCAUCACCGAGACGGAGUGGUGAAUAUAUAAGCAUUCUACGAUGCUAAAAACUUUACAGGCAACACAAUUGAGAAAUAUGGUGAACGUUUCGCGAUGGAAGUUAUGAAAAACUCCAACAAUUAUUUAUUAGGAAUUAUCAAUAACAACUUGUAAACUCGUUUUUCUAAUUCAGUAUUAAUGAUUAUUUAAUAAACCUAUGCAUAAUUUUU